AUGUCGGACUCCUACAGACACACCGUGAUCAGAGCCCUACUGCUGCCUACAUUGGUGGCUGGAGGGCUGGGAAGCUGCAGAGCAGAGGAGCCUGGUCCUUUCAGUGACCAGAGCACCUGCACUUCUUCCCAGGUCUCCCUGCAGUACAGCUCUAAUGGCCAGUGGCGCCACACCUGCGGAGGGUCUCUGACAGGCCAAAACUGGGUCCUGACAGCUGCCCACUACAUCGGUUCCUCCAGGACCUACAGUGUGGUGCUGGGCCAGCACUGCCUCGCCACCCAUGAGCCCGGCUCGCUGGCCAUCAAGGUCUCCAAGCUUGUGGUGCAAGAGGACUGGAACUCCAACCAGCUCUCCAAAGGGAACGACAUUGCCCUGCUCAAACUGGCCAACCCCAUCGCCCUGACUGACAAGAUCCAGCUUAGCUGCCUACCGCCCACUGGCGCCAAUCUACCCAACAACUAUAUCUGCUAUGUCACGGGCUGGGGAAGGCUGCAGAGUAACGGAGCUCUUCCUGACAUCCUGCAGCAGGGCGAGUUGCUGGCUGUGGACUCUGCCGCAUGCUCCCAACCUGGUUGGUGGGGCAGGACUGUGAAGACCAAUAUGAUCUGUGCUGGGGGUGAUGGUGUGAUCUCCAGCUGCAGUGGGGACUCCGGCAGACCACUGAACUGCCAGGCGGCUAACGGCCAGGGGCAAGUGCACGGCGUGGUCAGCUUCAGGUCCUCCCUUGGUUGCAACGACUACCACAAGCCCUCCGUCUUCACACGGGUCUCCAGCUACAUUGACCAGAUCAAUUCGGUAAGAACCGGACCAGCCCUGUGCCCCCCAGGCCCUGCCCUGGCCCUGGCCCCAUGAGGGCCAUGCCCACCUGAGUUCUGAGGACCCCCUCCCUCCUCUUGAGAGCUAGGAGGCUGCAGACCUGGGCAACCCCUGCAGGAUCCCCGAUAGGCCCCAACAUUUCUGUGUGAGUUGAGUGAAAAGGCACAUAGAGGGUGGUCUUGUCCAAAGAGGUUGAAAAUAAAGGUUACUCCUCCAGCAUUAACAGCAGGUUCCCUAGGAUUCAUGGGGUAUUUUGGUUUUGCUUAUCUACCUGUAGGCCCAGACCCCACUGCCCAAUGCUAUAUUUAUCUGCAAAGCCCAAAACCUGGUCGUUUGAGAUCCUCACAGCCUUAAUUAUUGGAAAUUAGUCAUUCUAAAGGGUCCCCCAGCUGUUCUGUAGGGGGACCAAUCAUCUCAGUUUGCGCUGGACUGGGAAGCUGCCUGGGAUGCAGGACUUUCUGUUUCAGACCAAGGCAGUCCAGGUAAAUGGGGCUGAGCUGAUCCCACUAUGACUGUGAAUGUGUCCCCAGAGAGCUUUAGCCUGUGAGCUCAAAACCAGUGCCUCACAAACUUCCACACCAGCUCAAUUCCUAUUUUUAAAAAACAGUGAAU